UAAGCUGCCUUGAGUUCCUUGGAAGGAAAAAAAGCAAGCUAUUCAUAUAAGAAAUACUUACAGAAUUUUAAUUUAAAACACAACAUAAAAAAAUAGAUGAAAAAGACACUUUUACUCCUGUUUCUGGUAGUUCAGAGAUGCUAUGGAAACUAGCUGGAGCAUCCAUCUUGCCUUCCUGCUCUGGGAACUGGUGUGUAGUAUCUAAAGUGUUGGGACUGGGUUGAGACUCAGGAGACCUGGGCUAUAAUUUCCAUUCAGCCCUGGCACUCAGCUAUUUCCUCUCUUUGGUUUUCAGUCCAUUUUAUUUCAUACUUCUCUACUAUCCAACUUUAGGAAUUCUGAAACAACAACAGGAUGAAGAAUUCCCUGGUUCAAAUGCUCUUGCUGUAACAAACUGCAGUUUAGAGAGGACUUGGAAGCACCAACUGUCCUCCAGGCAGGCUUCAGACAUCCCAGGGAUGACUCCAACGGAUGAAAAAGAUGGGAACCUCCCAGACAUCAUAAGUAGUGGCAGCUUGCAUGAGUUCCAAGUAAAUCUCCAUGAGAAAUACGGUCCCAUCGUAUCCUUCUGGUUUGGACGGCGGCUUGUGAUCAGCCUCGGGUCCAUCGAUCUCCUGAAGCAGCAUGUCAACCCCAACAGGACCUUGGACCCCUUUGAAACAAUGCUGAAGUCCUUGUUGCGGUACCAAUCUGGCCUGGGUCGUGAUGUGAGCGAGAGCUGCUUAAGGAAGAAGGUGUAUGAAAAUGGUGUAACCAAGUCUCUGCAGAGUAAUUUGCCUGUCAUCCAGAAGCUGUCAGAAGAAUUAUUAGCAAAAUGGCUGACCUUCCCGGAGUCUCAACAUGUGCCACUCAGCCAGCACAUGCUUGGGUUUUCAAUGAAGAGCGUCACGCAGGCUGCCAUGGGCAGCAGGUUUGAGGAUGACCAGGAAGUGAUCCGAUUCCGUAAGAACCAUGACGCGAUCUGGGCAGAAAUUGGAAAGGGUUUCUUGGAUGGAUCACUUGACAAAAGUGUGACCAGAAAAAAGCUGUACGAAGAUGCUCUCACAGAGAUGGAGCUGGUCUUGAAGAAAGUCAUAAAAGAGCGACAGGGAAAGAGCUUCAACCGGUACAUCUUCAUCGAUGCUUUGCUGCAGGGGAAACUGAGUGACAAGCAGAUUUUGGAAGACACGAUGAUAUUCUCCCUGGCAGGGUCAAUAAUCACUGCCAAGUUGUGCACCUGGGCAGUCUAUUUCUUGACUACAGCAAAAGAAGUUCAGCAGAAGCUUUACAAGGAAAUCAACCAAGUUCUUGGGAAAGGCCCAAUUACACACACGAAAAUUGAGCAACUCAGAUAUUGCCGGCAGGUGCUUUGCGAGACAGUGAGGACAGCAAAGCUCACGCCAAUUGCAGCAAGGCUUCAAGAGCUGGAGGGCAGAGUGGACCAUCAUAUUGUUCCCAAAGAGACUCUUGUGCUGUAUGCGCUUGGCGUGGUGCUGCAAGACAGCUCAGCUUGGCCAUUGCCCUAUAAAUUUGAUCCAGACAGAUUCAGUGAUGAAUCUGCCAUGAAAAACUUUUCUCUCCUCGGCUUUUCAGGAAGUCAGGAGUGUCCGGAGCUGAGGUUUGCCUAUACGGUAGCUACAAUCUUGCUGAGUGUAAUUGUGAGGUCCCUCCACUUACACCCCGUUGAAGGCCAAGUCAUGGACACCAAGUAUGAGCUGGUCACUUCACCCAAGGAGGAAGCGUGGAUUAUGGUAUCCAAGAGAUGUUAAGGCAAGGAGCAAGGCCAUAUUUGGGGAGAUGGGCCCUCUUCCACCAGUCACCACUUCACUGCUAACCACUUUUAGGUCGGGGAAUCCUCAAGUACUUUCCUUUUUCCAUAAUGGAAAGUCUUCUCUUAUUAAUAAAAUCCAGUUGCCUCUCACGAUGCUCUAAACAAAUCUGCAGGAUUAAUGGAAGUGGAGAACUUCAUAGGUUUAAGAACAGAUCGCAGGCUUCCCUUCUUCCUUCUUCUCACUUAAAAUACAAAAUGGUAAAGAAGGCCACACAUGCAAAUCUAGGCAUCCUUAGCCAUUAGUCCAGACAGGUGUGGAUGGACUGUGGUGAGGCACACUGCACAAGCUCAGAGGUGCUUUUUCAAAAGAGAUUGUUAGAUGAAGGUCACUUGUUCAGUAUUGAGUUGUAGCAUAGGAAGAUGCAAGUUUGGGCAACUCCAAAGAGGCCUGACCUUAAAUAAAGCUCUGAUGUGGCUACAAAGGACAAUUGAGGACAAACUGCUCAUUUAUGGACACUAAGUAGUACAUUAUUUAUAGAAAUUCCCCAAGUGUUGUACUUGUCUGUGCUAGUCCCUGGAUUGUGGUGGAGAAAGCCAACUUGACAGGGUUCAAAACAGAAUUGGGUAAAACUGGGUGCAUGUUCAGGGCCUAGAGCAGAUUUGGUGCUUACUGCUCUAUUUCUUGUAAUCCCCAUCAGAUCUAGCCAGUGUUACUCAUGACUGAGCCCCUCUGAAACUACUUGAACAAAUUAACUGGGAGUAGUGCAAGUCCCAUUGGUUGCAGUGGCAUUUACUCACAAGUUGGUUUAACUGGACUGGGACCAGAGUGAUAGACAGUGGUUUUUAUGCAUGGAUUCAGUGUAUAUAUAUGUGGGGAUGAAGCAAAAUGGAAUAAUGGUUGUUCAAGAUUGCAUUAACCUAAAAUAGUCCUCCUGUAGAAGGAUACUGAAUCACUGUUUUAAUCUGGUGGCUUAGUUAUAGCCUCUUUUCUUUUGCUGUACAAGAGGGUCAAACCAACUGUCAGUGGUAUGCAGUGUUGUUUUUGUUUUUUCAAAAGUAGCUCUGAUCAAAAUGAACCCAAAGUGUCAAAUGCUCCAAGUUUUUUUCAGAUCAGCUCUCUUUUCAGAUCUCUCUUUCACAGAGUGGUUCUUGUUUAUCAUUCCUCUUUUUUCCUUUUUUCUACCUUUUUUAAUUGCAAAUCUGUUUACGAUUUAUGCUAAUGUACCAAUACCAUAGAGGGGAUAAUUAAAAAUACUUGCCAAAAUCAGUACCUUGAGUUGAAGGGCCUAGCAGUCCUGUGGGUUUUGCUUUCUCCUGUGAGAUUGGGCUUAAUGCUUACAAGAAUGAUCUACAUUGUGUUACCAAACCAUUCUUUUAGGCUGGGCAGGCAUCUCUGUUGUAGGUGAGUUGUCUUGCUCUCUUGCCUGUGGACACACAAGAGUGUGUAUGGAAGUAAUUAAUUUUCAGUGAGUUCCUCAGUGAAUGUGGGCCGAUGCCUGGAUGAGUCUGCUUUAGAACAGGCAUUGAACAUGUCAGUCUUCAAGCCCCAUCCAGCACUGGGAUUUUGAGCGAUUCUGAGGUCUGCAUUUGAUGUGAUCGCAACCCAGAAUGAUCAAAGUUGCUCGGCCUCAGCAACAGAGAGCUUUAGGCCAGUGUUUGACAGGGCAAGUAAAGGAAGCACAGGAAGAAAGUGCUGACUGCAGUGGGAUGGGAUUAAUGCUGCUCUCCCGUCACAGCUCAGUGGCCAGUGGCUUUAACCCGUUCGGCACUACAGCAUCAAAAGUUCAACUAUUUUGUUCCUACAAUUAAAUCUUUAGGGAACUUGUUCUCAGGGUUGAUGGACUGGGAGCUGAUGGCAAAGAAGAAGCAGAAGCCAGAUUGAGUCUUUGCCAGAGAUCCAGGAAACGGGAAAGACUUACUUUGGUGAAAGUCAAAUGCGUGACGCCUAUCUCUUCUCUCCACAUGUUCACUGAGUAUGAGUUGGAAGAUGAAAAUAGUAUUAAUUUUAUAUCUGUACCAUGCAGUAACCAAAGCUCUCUGGGUAGUGUUAAACAGUUGAUAGAAUACAGUAAAAAUAAAACUAGACCUGCUUGUGGAUUCUUUAACUUGCACUCAGUUAUUCCACCACUGUCUUUAUGUGAUUCUGGACUUGUUUGAGUUUUCUGUUGUCCUGUCUUCACUUCUUUAUUCCUUAAAUAAACUUUGCUUAGUCAUU